GUCAGCUGUCAUCACUGACAGCAGGUUGAUGUUGUUUUCAUUUGGAAUUUGUAUAUGAAAGAGAUAAAACUGAAGUACUCUUGAAAUAGAUGCAAAUAACUUUAAUAAUUUUUAACAUCUUCUUGAAGACGUUCCUUCCACAAACAAUAUAUUGAUGAUCUACCAGAUGACUGCCAAGUAUAUCGUUUAUUCAUUUGCAAUAUUCUGCAUUCCGUAUUGUAAUGGAGCUGCUUUCGAUAUACAAUUGGAUGCAAAAGCACAAUCUACUCAUAGACUCGAUAGUCUAAACCUUUUAUCUUAUACAUUUUUGCUUAUAUUAACUGUUCUUACUAUCUGGUUAUUUAAACACAGAAGAGUAAGCUUUCUGCAUGAAACAGGCCUGGCUGUUAUUUAUGGUCUAAUUGUUGGUGCAAUAAUAAGAUAUUCAGGAAGCUCAUCGCAAGUAUUAAAUAUGCAAGUCUACGGCAAUGAUCCUAGUUACAAUUCUUCAAUACCUCCUGAUACAUUGUCUUUAUAUUUUCCAAUAAAUGGGAAGUCUCAAAUGAACAGAACUUUUCAGUAUGUUUUUAGGGAGCAAAUAAGUGAUUUAAAACAGAACGAGAUUGACUUGAAAGCUACAUUUGAUCCAGAGAUAUUCUUUAAUAUAAUUCUCCCACCUAUCAUAUUUCAUGCUGGAUAUUCACUAAAAAGGAAAUACUUCUUUCGUAACCUGGGCGCAAUACUAACAUAUGCAAUAAUUGGCACAACUGUGUCAUCAUUUGCUGUAGGGGGCCUAAUGUACGGCUGUGUUCAAUUGAUGCCUGCGAAACUAGCAAAUAGUUUCACAUUCUUGGACACACUCUACUUCGGAGCACUGAUAUCUUCUACUGACCCACUCACUAUUCUUGCUAUAUUCAAUGAUUUAAAUGUAGAUGUUAACUUGUAUGCCUUGGUUUUUGGCGAAAGUGUCCUCAAUGAUGCUGUAGCUAUUGUUCUUAGCGGCUCAAUCCAGAACUAUGGUAAACGUUAUCAAUCUGGAAGUGGAGGAUUUGAAACCAAAGCAUUCUUUAAAGCACUUGGUGACUUUUUUGGAAUAUUCAUGCUGUCCUUGGUGAUUGGCGCUGUCAUGGGAUGCGUUACUGCAUUGAUGACCAAAUUUACCAGAGUUAGAGACUUUCCACUCCUAGAGUCUGCCUUGUUCGUACUAAUGUCCUACAGCACAUUUUUGAUAGCAGAAGCUGCAGAACUGACAGGAGUCGUAGCAGUAUUGUUUUGUGGUAUCUGCCAAGCUCACUAUACGUAUAAUAAUCUCUCCGAGGACUCCAGAAUAAGGACCAAACAAAUGUUCGAGCUGCUCAAUUUCCUAGCAGAAAACUUUAUUUUCUCCUACAUUGGCGUUUCGAUGUUUACUUUCCCAAAGCACCAUUUCGAUCCGCUAUUUAUCUCGACUGGAUUUAUCUGUGCUGCCAUUGGUCGAGCUGCUAAUAUAUAUCCUUUAUCCUUUUUAUUGAACCUUGGAAGGAAGCCUAAAAUACCUUCCAAUUUUCAGCACAUGUUAUUUUUCGCAGGGUUAAGAGGUGCGAUGUCAUUUGCUUUAGCGAUAAGAAACACGAUGUCCGAAGCUAGGCAGGCCAUGUUAACAACAACAUCUCUCAUAGUUAUUAUAACCGUUAUUAUACAAGGUGGGGCAACUAUGAGUCUGCUGAACUGGUUUCAAAUUCCAGUGGGAAUUGAUGAUGAAACGGAAGCUCUAUCAACUCAAGGUGUACAUAGUGGUGGUAGUACUCCAAGAGGGGGUGGUGGUGGUGAUUGGAGUGAAAUAAAUGGCUCCUCUGAGUUUCCCAAAUCGCACCAAAAUGAAAAAGCAUUUUUAGCUAGAAUUUGGGGAAGUUUUGAUACUCAUUACAUGAAACCUUUAUUGACGCAUUCGAGGCCGACUCUGUUGGAUACCUUACCUGUCUGUUGCAAUCCUUUGGCAAGGCUACUUACUACGACUGAGCAGAUGACACAGGAGGGAGCGCACAAGCGUGAUUCUGACUCUGACCUUUGUAUAGAGGAUAACGAUUUAUAUAGUACGAAUAACGUCAGACCUAAACUAUAAACAAUCUGCAGUAUUCACACAGAUGGCAUGUGUAUUACGCAUAUAUGAAAUAUUCGUGAGAGCUUUUGUUUCUGUUAUAUUUUCUGUUAUUCGAGGUUCAAUCGCACCACGUUUGUGAGAAGUGUUGUACAUAGCAAACGGUUUUAGUGUUUAAGGUAUCAUUUUCUUAGAGAAUUGAUAUUUUUGUGCCAUAACUUAUGGAUCCCUACUGAAACCAGCAAUUUGACUAAAUCUGCUGUUCAGAAUCCUUUUUACUGAAUUUAGUAUGUGUCAACACGUAGAACCGAAUCUUGACAAGGGUAUUGCAAUGCUGCUCAAGUUUGUAAUAGCUGUUUGGUCCUUAUCACUAUCAAUACUGACAGAAUAAUUAGACCGUGAAAUGACGAGCAGCCUACAGAAAAGUGGAUUUCAAAAAUCUAAAAAACAAUCAGUAUAUCGCAAGCCUGUAUGAAUGUUCUGAGAUAAAGUUGCUUUUUAAAUGCCCUGCCUUACAACUAGCUUGGGUAAAAAAAUGGAUCCACGGUUACUGGUAAUUCGCCGUAUAUCUUUCAGAUCAAGGACGAAAAGGCUUUGUAGUUUUGGGUUCUGGGGGCUAUAAGGGGGUAUAGGCGAGCCACAUGCACACAUUCUGGCUCUGCCUUAGACAUCCGCUGGGUGGUACCUCCACGUUCGACGGUCAGAGACCUUCUACCAACUACGGACAAUUGCGACAUCCAUGGCCAAGGAAAAAAUUCUCUUGGGACGGGAUUCGAACCCGCGCAACGCACGGCGACUGAUUGGUAGAUCCAUAACGUCUACCAUUACGCCACCGCUGAUGUCUCGAUAAUUUUUGAAAAAAAUUUUAGAGAUGAAGGGGGGUGGGGAGGUUAUGUGAAAUGUUUGAUGUUAGCGUAUUUAUACGCUCCCAACUCUAGUAAAUCUGCGCACCUAUUAGACAUAUUUUCGGGGAGAUGCGACGUUGCCAGAUGGACUACCGGUAGGCCAGGGAAACAGUGUCUAUGGGCUAAUUGUAUGGACCUGUUUGACUGCCUUAACUUAAGCUAGGGGAAUCAAUUGAAUUAUUACGAUUUUCAAAAUGAUUGAAACUUGUUUCAAGUCCCUGGAACAAAUACGGCGAAUCAGCAGUAACCUUAACACAGUGUAAGAGCAAUAUUCAUCAUGUUUCAUAAACGUGCUAGAACAGUGAUAAACACUUAUCAUUAUGGUGCAAUUGAACCUUUACAUUAUUAGUUUAAAGUAUUGUUAUAUUUGUUCCUUAUUAGCUAUAUUGUAGUCAUGUUAUAGUAGUAUAGUUUGCGAGUAUUCUCAUCCUCCAGCCAUGUCUGAUGAUAUCAUGUACAAAAGGCAAACAUUAAAUCUCAUUUAGGCAAUUCACCGUCUUUCUAAAUUAAACGCGUCUCAGGGCCGUAGUGACAGUUUCCCUAUGCUCAAAUAUUUCUACUGUUACACUGAAUAACCGCUUCAAGUUUGAUCCCAUUGUUCUGAAACACCCUGUAUACUCGAUAGUAUCUCUUAGUCAAGCAUUGAGUUGUAAUUUAUGACUAGUUAGUGUUUGAAUAAAUUUCUUCAUUAAAAAAAAUCCGAUAAAUAUUGUGUGCCUAAACUUUUAGGACAUACCAAAAAUGUUAAAGAAAAAUAUUUUCUCAUUUCCUUAACGUCUGCUCAUCAUCGUUGUACUUAGACCGACGGCGACGCGACGUAUGGGAAUACUCGCAUAUUGUGCGUUAGUUAUGGCGAUUUGGCAAUGAUGUAUAUGUUUAUUUUCAGCCACAAAUAAAUGCUAUUAGUGGGCAACAAGUUUAAAGUGGAGGCAUUCUUAUUUGGUGAAAUGUAUAAGGAAAUCAUUACCAUACGCAAGUAAACAUUUAGAAUACGAUAAGUUUGUUAUGAGAGGUGGAGCAUUUUAUCAAAUGCGCGAAUGAUAUCAAGAUGUUGCAAAGGCAUGAUGUUUAAAAAUUCCUAUUUUUGCGCAUAUUGUUUCACCCCACAAUCUUGAAAUAUUCAGUUUUUAUAUCCCCAAAACGCCUUACUGGUGUUUAGCUUGUGAUUGUAUAUUCUUUAUAUUAUUACAUAUUUAAGUGACAGGUGGGGCAUUCCACGUGAAGCGGAUACCGAAAAAAAGUGAUUUUUCUAAAUUCGUUCAUGUCAUCGGCAAUGGCUUGUUUAUCCGUUAAAAGACGUCAAAAUUUUUAAAAUUCUCUUUUUCAGAUAUUUUAGGAAACGACAAUCCGAUUUGAAUGAAAAUUGGAACACAUGUUUUGCUAGACGUCCUAAUAUUUGACUUUUACAAAAAACCCGAAUGGGUUCGUGAAAGGUGAAAACUACCUACUGAUUAUAGCAAUUUUUUUAACUCUCCCAAUUAUCUAUUUAUUUCAUUUUUGUGUCUUAUAGAAACAACGCAUCUCGCAUAGUUUUCGAGAAAAAAUUAAUAUUUUUCGGAGCCGGUUUCUAAAAAAUGUACUUAUUGCAUCCAGUGUUAAAAUUUAUUUGCGCCCUUGAUGCAACUAAUUUUUGUCUCGAAAACUAUCCGAGAUUGCGUGUUUUUAUAGGAGACAAAAAAUGAAGUGAAUAAAAAUAUCUGCUGAAUACAAAAAAAUCAGAGACGUUGGGAAAGUUGCCAAACUGCAAAAAUAUAGUACAGGAAGAUCUUUCAAGGUAGUGGCCCACUAAUUUUGACGUCCUCCGAAGCUUCUGUAUCCUAAUCGUUUUAAUAGGUUACGUAGUUGAGAAGGGAGACAGUUUUCGACAUAUCUUAAGGUGGUGGGGGUACCUCAUAGUAUGCGGUGCUUAAGAUCGAAGUGGGGACGGUUCUAUUUUCCUUUCAUGCCGGAAAGUAUCUUUUGUUAGCCACCAGCAAUCCUGCAUCUUAAUUGAUUGGUCAUCUUUGGCUGUGAUUAAUAUUCUUAUGUUACUUGUUCGAUGGCUGUAGCACGUAGAGACGUUGUAGCCUUGAUGAUUUUGCGUUAUGGCUAUCUAUGAACUUAUUCAUGGUUGAAAUCGCCACACCUUCUCGAUAUAUUGUAUGUGUUUUGCCAUAUUUUUACUUACUAGAAAUGAAAAAAAUGUUUGUGGUUGCUUGCAAUCCUCUAUCAAGUCAAACUGUGACUAUUGUGAGGUUUACUAUUGUUGUAAGAGCCAGUGUCAGCUUAUUAUUCCAUACAGAUUCAUCAUGUGUGAUUUUCGUGUUUAUACACGAUUUCUGGUAAUUGAAAUUUUCCGAUUUUAACAGUCACCUGCAGCAGUAUUAGAAUCUAUAUGUAUAAUAGAAAAAAAUGUGUAAGUAAUACGUGGUUUUGAUCAUUGUGAUUUAAGCUAAUACAACACAACGCAAACGAAAAUCACUUUAUACAGGGUGGCCCAUUUUUACAAAGCAAGCUAUUUCUCUUUACAAUUUACCUUUAAAAUCAAUAGUCCAGAGGCUGGAACCUUUAAAAUAUUCGUGAUCGGUCACAAUAAUAAUUGUAAUUGUUUGAAAAGUAUACAAUCGAAUUUUUUUGCCGCAUAUUCGUAUCGACGAAAAUAUAUUACAUACUAGUAAUGUAGAAAAAUGCCAACUUCAGUCCGCCAGACGGUAAAUCUUUUUUGAGAGAUACUGAUACAAUUUCCUAUAGCUCAUUUUAUUUCUAGGUAAUCUAUUUCUUCGUUUUUUAUCGACUUCUGCCGGAUAAUCUGAACCGCAAAACAUACUUUCUCCUAAAAUUUCAAAUGACUCACUUCGUAUGUUCUUACGUAUUAGGAUUCCUCUUUUUAUAACAUUUUUCAAGGAAGCCAAAAAUAGUCGUACUGUUAUUGUGAAAUUGAAUAUUGAAGGAGUCUGUUCAAAUUACUUCCAUUUAAAAAAGUACGACUUUGAUAUAUAGGUAUGGCUAGAAGUUGAAACACCCUGUAUAAUACUGAAUAUUAGAAUAUAUACUUAUUUUUUUAUUUUUGAAAGGUUUUCAUUUAGGAGCAGUGCUCCGUCCACACAUGUAGUGGUUCUCCUAUCUGCUGAGGAGUCCCCUUAUUCUCCCUCCAGCAAUAUACUGCUGAUUCUAUAUUACUAUUUUUUUUGUAACUUGCGAUUUUGGCAAUAUUCUAUGUAUUAUAUUUAGUUUACAUAUUGUAUGCACUUUUACUGUUUACCAUUAAUUAGGCUGUGAAAAGAGUUUUCAUUGAGUUAGCCAGUGGAAAAUAAAGAAAUGAAUGCU